UAAGCAUAAGAAAGCACGAGCCCAGCAGAACUGCACGGAGACAUGAUCAAUUCUGUCCUCCGGCUUUCGUGUGGUGUGUCGUCGCGUGUAAUGAAUUUGAAAAAUAUGUGAUUUAGUAACAGUAAUAACAGCAAAGCAGGGUCUAAUUAGGGGUGAGAAUGUUGUCAUUUUUUUCUAAUUCAUGUCGCGGAUAUGUGAGUCACAGAGCAAAACGGUCGAUUCGUAAUCUCCGAAAAUAUACGACUCAGCCAGUCGCGGUUGAAAUACCGUUGACAGAAACACCGAUCGCGAAGGAGCCCAAGCUUAUAAUAAAAUGCAAGAAUUCAGCUCUUGACUUUUAUGACGCGCCUCAAAACCAACACAAUCAUUUCACGCCAAUCGUACUUGCUUCGAGGGGAUGGCUCCACAGAAAAUCAGCGAAUGAUUAUUUUAUACUUUACCCUGAUGGAUCUCCUGAAAGUCCGUCAACAGAUUUGGACCCAACAAUUACCUUCGAAGAGUCCAAUUUGAGUAGGCAGAUACUUGAUAAUUUAAAAGAAAAUGAUCUGAAAUAUCCAUCAGCAAUCCAGAGAAAAUCAAUUCCUGUUUUACUAUCUGGAAAAAAUAGUGUGAUAGCAGCUGAAACCGGAUGCGGAAAGACGUUAGCCUACUUGCUCCCUGUGCUAGAGCAAAUUACAAGGUGGAAACACCUGAGUCCUGAUAGGAAUGUCAAUGCGCCACUGGGUCUCAUUUUAUCACCAAGUAGAGACUUGACCUCCCAACUCGGGGCGGUAGCGAAAAAAAUUGCUGCUGAUACAGGAAUAAAAAUAAGAGUGGUAAUCGGAGGGAAAACGAAACAGCUAAUGAUAAAUCCAUUGGUUGACGAUAUCGAUUUGUUAAUCGGCAGUUUUGGGGCAGUCAGUAAAUUGACGAACAGUGGUGUAUACGAUAUGACAUUCGUAAGACACGUGGUUCUCGAUGAAGCUGAUACCCUUUUCGAUGAAAGCUUUGUUGCGCAAUUGAGACAUUUUUUGAAAAAAAUCAGAUUCAGCUUCGCCGGUCCAGAAUCCCCGGAUGAAUUUCCCCGUAGCUCACAAAUGACGCUCGUUUCGGCAACGAUGCCACACUCGCUACCCGAAGUACUCGACGAAAUCGUUAAUACCGAUUCCCUGACUCAUUUGACAAGCGAAAAACUUCAUUACGUACUUCCGCAAGUAACGCAAAAAUUUAUUCGAUUAAACCAGUCGGCGAGAGCGCCGGAAAUUUUGAGAAUAGUCAAAGGAAAUAUUGCAAAGGGGUGGCAAACCCUCGUAUUCUGCAAUACCACAAAAUCCGCCGAAUGGCUCUUUCUCUUUUUGAGCGAAAUGGGAAUACGCUGUUGUUGCACCCAUGGUGCUGUACCCGCACGUCUGCGGCUGGAUAAAUUCGCACAAUUUCAACAUGGCGAAGUCAGCGUUCUUACCACCACCGAUGCCUGCUCCAGAGGACUGGACACCGUCAAUGUCAGGCACGUCGUCAAUUUCGACUUCCCGCUGUACACGGCUGAUUAUAUUCACAGGUGCGGAAGAACCGGAAGAUUAGGGAACAACGAGAGGUGUUACAUAACAAAUUUCAUAUCGAGCGAGAGAGACGUGAAGCUGCUUCAACGAAUCGAGGAGUCUAUUAGGACCUCAUCCCCACUGCCAAACGUUAAUGCAAACAUAACGAAAAUAAUAAUAAACACAAUUCAACAUAAUAUAAACAAGGCGCAAAAACAAGCUACUGCACACUACGGGGCAGAUAUAUUGGCGAAAAGGUGAAGAGGAUCUGUGUAAAUAACGAAUCAAUAAAUUUGUAUGAUAAUCA